CCGAGGUUUUAACAGAGCGAAGCGGAGCCGUUGGCGGGAUGGACAGCAGCCCCGCGCUGUACAUGUGCUUCCGCUGCUACCAGCUGUUCGACUCCCUGGACGAUGUGCUCUUCCACCAGUACACCCUUCACCCCAACGACGUCGGGGACGAGGAGAACCUUGCGCUGCCCCCUGGCCCGCAGACUGAGUCAGAUGAGAUGUUCCAGUGUGUUCCAUGUUGGGUGCUGUUCACGUCCCGGGAAGAACUGAUCCAACACCAGCAGAGUGACAGCUGCAGCCAGCGCAGCGUAGGCUCGGACCGAACCGACUCGGCCCGGCUCGGGCACGCUCAACACCCAUCAUCUUCAACCGUAAACAAACAGAACAGCAUCCAGGGCGGGUCCAGUUCUACCCUGACCGAGCAGAACCGUGCGAAGACACUGACUUCUGUUUUGAAACCACAAGGUCAGAACCAGAGCAGGACGUUGCCGACUGACCCAGAGCAGCCUAUGCGGACGGGUCAGAGCCUGACCGGCACGGGUUCCGGCAGCCAGAUCCAGUUCCAGUGUGGAGAUUGUGGCUGCCUUUUCGAAUCACUGGCUCCGUGGCUCCAGCACCGGAAGCUGAAAGAAUGUUGCAGGACCGGGUCAGAACCAGAGAAAGACGGCGAGAAGGAGCGCGAAGGGUUGGAGGUGGAGGAAGGGCCGGAGGAUGAGCGUGAUGUAGACGAGACGGGGACAGGUGACGUCCAGUCCGCUUCAGAGAAAGACCCGCCAGACUCCCAGGAUAUCCAGGAAGGAGCGAAGACACAGAACCCAAAGCCAAAUAAGCUGGGAACCAAAAGGAAAAAGACUGCAGAGGCAGCUGCCAAAGCUCCAGUUGUGGCAUGCAGGAGUUUCCUGUGCGCCGACUGCGGGGCCGGGUUCAACUGGCAGCCGGCUCUCGUGGCGCACCGCAGGACUCAGCACGGCCUGGAGGAGGCGCUGCACAACUGCCUGGAGUGCGGGGAGAGCUUCAUGAACACCGCCCUCUUUGUGCUUCACUGCAAGAAGCACCGAGAGAAGAAGGGCAGGAACCCGAGGGCAAAGAGGAACAGCUUAGGACUGAGCUCACUGGAGAACAAGCAAGGAGUUGAGAACGGAGGAGGGGAGAAGGAGAUCAUCAGAAGGAGGGCGACGAAGAGGAAGGUCAAGCUGAGGAAGCUGGCCUCCUCGUCCUACCUGGACGCCGCCGCCGAUUCUGCGGACGGCUUCCCCCUGGGCCGGAAGCCCCGGCGCAAACGGGGCGCUCCCCAGGAGUGCCCGCACUGCCGGCGCACCUUCAGCAACCCCAGGUACCUGCGUGCCCACGUGCUCAGCCACUCGGGCCAGAAGCAGUUCCGCUGCGAGGUGUGCGGCAAGGCCUUCACCUACCAGAACAACCUGCGGCGUCACCUCAUCCUCCACUCGGGCACCCGGCCCUACAUGUGCGACCGCUGCGGCAAGACCUUCACGCAGUCCAGCCACCUGAAGGACCACCUGCGCAACCACGACCGCGCCUACGGCUGGUCCCGGCUGCGCGACGCCGGCGCCGGGGGGCGGGAGUGGGCGGAGGUGGGGCCCAAGCUGCCGCACCCCUGCCCCGACUGCCCCCGCAGCUUCAUGACCCAGUCGCAGCUGCUGAUGCACAGAAAAAUGUGCCCCAUCUGUGAGCGGGCCUUCAAAUGGCGUGGCUCCCUGCCCGCCCACAUCGUCCGGCACACGGACAACAAGCUGUUCUCCUGCGACGUCUGCGGCAAGACCUUCUCCUACCAGACCAACCUGGCCCGCCACCUCAUCAUCCACACCGGCACCCGGCCCUACGCCUGCAAGCACUGCGGCAAGACCUUCAACCAGUCCAGCAACCUGCGGCAGCACCUGCUGGUACACGCCAAGGCCGGUGCCCGGAGCCAGUCCGCGGACAAGAGCGAGGGGGUCGGGGGGGACGAGGCUGUGUCCCAGCUGAUCCACACCUGCCCCGAUUGCCCCUUAAGCUUCAAGACACAAGCCCAACUGCAGGAGCACAGGCUCAGUCACACUGGUCAGGACUCCAUUUCCUGUUCUAACUGUGGUCUACCGUCCUGUAAAUGCCAAGAACAAGAAAAUCUGCCCUCUGUCACAAACCAAGACGGGGAGGUGAAAUCGUGCCCCCGUUGCUCCGCGCAGUUCGACAGCCAGCCAGCGCUGGACAGCCACGCUCAGAGCUGCUCGGCGGAGGAAGGGCGGGGCAGGGCCCGUCGCCGGGGGCGACGGCGGAAGAGCGCCAGGCAGACGGAGUGCGACCUGUGCGGGCGCUGCUGCGCCUCGCAGGAGGAGCUGGAGGCGCACCAGCUCUCCCACGUGGGCCAGAGCCAGCUGCAGUGCCCGCUGUCCCCCUGCCAGCGCUGCUUCACCUCCAGCUCCGCCCUGCAGAACCACCUCUUCUCCCACUUCCCUGGCCCCACGUGCCGCAACCUGAGGCCGGAGCGCCUCACCCGCUCCGCCGCCAGGGCCGCCGCCAGGACGGAGGCCCCCGCCCCGCCCCCCGAGGAGGAGGCGGAGGGGGAGAACACGGUAACAGUGAUCCCGCUGUGGGAAGUGUAUGCGUCAGAUCCCCCACCUGUGGGACCGUGA